AUGAACGGGGAGCCCAAACUUCCAGCCAGCUGGGCAGCUUCCAUUGGCCUGGGACCUGCCGAAGCCACCAAGAACGAGCUGAAAGUUCUCAAGCAGCAGCUGGAGGAGGCGCUGGCACAGAACAAGGCUCUUCGAGAGCAACUCGAGAGCUCGAGGAGUGGCAAAGACUCCGAGAGGGAUGCCUGGCGAGAUCGAGCCCAAAAGGCGGAGAAGAAGGUGCAAGCGCUGACCAAGUGCAGGCCACUUCCCAAGAAUGCUGCGCACGCCAGGUUGUUGCGCAGAUUGAGGCGGAACAUCGCGCACGAGAUGCUUGAUGCAGAGCGGGGCUUUGUCAUCAACAAGGUCACCGAGAAGCAUGGGAAGACGGAGGUGCGUCGAGUAGCCGUUUGCCCGCACACGCUGGUGCUCAAGUGGUGCCAUGCGCAGGAAGCAUUUGGCUCAACUUCCAAGUGGAUGGACUUGCGAACGGUCAAGAAGAUCGAGUAUGGGCCGAAAGCGCGGGCCAGCAAGUUGUUUCCGGAGGUGUCUCCUUGGUUGUGUUUCUCCUUGAUAACGGCUGACAGGUCAUACGACUUCAUCACCUCCAAUGACAGCUCAGCGCGAUGCUUCGUCCUGAGCAUCUCCCGGCUUUGUGAAAGUGUCGCUGAGGGAGUUGUCAAGACAAGGGGGGAGUUCGAGUCUGCCAAAGGCUGGCACAAGCUGAAGACAGGAGCCCAGCGAAAGGGUUUGACACUCUCGAAGGUCUUCACGGAGGCCCUCCAACAGCGAGCCGCUGAGCUGCCGCCUAUUCAAGAGACGAUUGCAGACAGCGCCCCCCCGCUGCCUGAAGCUGGUUCAGAAGAGGCAUCUACCAAGCCAAUGGAUUUGUUCGACUUCUGCGACGAAUCACCGAGCUUUGCGAAACAGCCGGCACCAGCUAUGACUGCGCAGCCUUCAUUGAAAUCAAAUCUUCCGAGGGCCACCUUGGGACCAACCAUUGCCAGGACUCUCACCUCCUGGAUGUCCGCACCCACCUCGCCUGGUGCAGCCGCCCGCCAAGGCGCCUUGCCGAAGCCUGGCGAGACAUGGGUCUUCACCGGAUCAGUAGAUCGGGUCGACCUUUAUCGAGAUCCGGGUGCAACGGAGUGGGUCAACGACAUGACGUGCCGGGGUCCAAACAAUGACCGCAGAAUGGUCACGAUCGUGUCGAUGGAUUCCCAGCUGCAGAUGGUGGAGAUCAGGGGCACGGACAAGCUGAAGUUUGUCAAGGGGUGGGCUCGCCUACUUGACGACAGUGGUGCCUGGCUGAUAGAGCAGGCUCCCAAGUGA